GUCACGUGACCAGAUUCCUACGCUUCUCAUAGUUUGGGAGAAGGUGAACGAAAAGCAAAUUUUUCUAACAACAGGUGAAGGUCAUAAAUCUGUGUGUUAAUUGGGGAUGCCGAUUCCCUGUGAAAACAACAGGCCUUAAUCUUGUGUUUCUACCACAGUUUAAGAGCAGUUCUUGGCCAAUCACCUGGGUCCAUUCUGCCAGUGAAGAAACAGGUCAUUGUGACAUCAGCUCCUGUUCUUUCUAGAUAGCUGAGUGGUCAAAGCCAAGCACGGUUUGCACAGUGACCUCCCUGCAAGGCAAUGUAAGUCUUGCCGAGUGACAGCGUGUAAGCGAGGGCUAUAAACGUUCCCCAUGUCUUCCGGAGGAGGGCCGUCGGCCCGCUUUGACCGGGUGCGAGACGUCUCUCCGUACUACGACGAGGUGCCCCUGGGCUCUCUGAGGAGGGAGGAUGACCCCCGGCCGCUGGGCGAUCUGAGAGGGGCCGACCUGGCGCUGAGCUCAGACCCCUUACCGCCCCCUCCCCUCCCGGACGCGCCCCCGGUGGGGCCCGAGUUCUACCCCAGCGACAGCGAGGACAACCUCGACGCGCUCGACAUCAAACCGGUCCGCCGCUUCAUCCCCGACUCCGUCAAGAACUUCUUCCGGGGCGGGGGCGGGAGCGGGAGCGAGUCGGUGAGCGGGCGGGACAGCGAGGGCAAACCCUGGGCCAUGCUCCACCCCGAAAACGACAACCGCACCACCGAGGGGGUGAGAUGCUCCCCCCCUCACUCCCCCUCGGUCCCCGGCUCCUACCGCAGCUACAACUCCCGCAAGGAGCUGCUGCUGGGGGCGGAGGCCCUGGAGUCCAUCGACGGGCGCACGGUCCAGACGGCGCUCACCUACAGCGAGCGGGUGGAGGAGUACAACCAGCGCUACGCCUACAUGAAGUCCUGGGCCGGCCUGCUGCGCAUCCUGGGGGCCAUCGAGCUCCUGCUGGGGGCCGCCAUCUUCGCCUGCGUCUGCGCCUACAUCCACAAGGACAACGAGUGGUUCAACAUGUACGGCUACUCCCAGCCCCAGAUGUUCGGAGGCGGGUACGGGCAGCAGGGCGCCGGCGGGGUCGGCGGCGGGGCCUACUACACGGGGCCGAAGACCCCCUUCAUCUUGGUGGUGGCCGGCCUGGCCUGGUUCGUCACGGUGAUCGUGCUGGUGUUGGGCAUGUCCAUGUAUUACCGCACCAUCCUGCUGGACUCCACCUGGUGGCCUCUCACGGAGUUCGUCAUCAACCUGGCGCUGGCCGUGCUGUUCAUGGCGGCGGGGAUCUUGUACGUGCGCGACACCAACCGCGGCGGGCUCUGCUCCUACCCCGUCUUCAACAACGGCAUCAACGGGGCCUUCUGCCGCGUGGAGGCCGGGCAGACGGCCGCCAUCAUCUUCCUCUUCGUCAACAUGCUGGUGUACCUCAUCGGAGCGAUCGUCUGCCUGAAGCUGUGGAGGCACGAGGCUGCCCGCCGGCUUCGGGAAGGCAUGGAGCUGGAGAUGAAAACAGCAGCAUCUUCUGUGCCGAGAUCCUUGGAGCUCGGAGGUUCGAAUGGACAGGCGGAGUCAGUGCAGGAGAAUCCUGUCCGAGCCCCUCCCUCCGUGAUGACGCAGCCGGAGAUCCUGAGCGGACACAUCCCGUCCGGAUAUAUCCCCAAACCCGUCAUCAUGCCCGACUACGUGGCGAAGUACCCCACCAUCCGUACAGACGAGGAGAGGGACCAGUACAAGGCCGUGUUUAAUGACCAGUACUCGGAGUACAAGGAGCUCCACGCUGAGGUCCAAGCCGUGCUCAAGAGGUUCGACGAGAUGGACGGGAUGAUGAGGACUCUGCCCACACACCCCUCCAACCAGAUGGAGCAGGAACGCGUCCAUGCCAUCCUACAGGAGUAUCGGAGGAAAAAGACAGACCCGACUUUCCUGGAAAAGCGGGAGCGCUGUGACUACCUGAAGAGCAAGCUCUCUCACAUCAAGCAGAAGAUCCAGGAGUACAACAAGGUGAUGGACUGGAACGACGGCUACAGCCUGGACGCGUUCGGAUCGCGCUCAGACCGACUGGAUCGCUUGGAUGGCUAUGACGACAGAGGGUACUCGUAACCCUCCACCCGAGACCACCACCGACUGGACGGGACGCUCCCCCUCCUUCAACACACCACAGCCUCGGGGGCAGAUAUCAAAAUGUCUUUACGCCCACAGAGACCUGACCGACACAGUUCAAUCCCGCCUGCAUAAGCACAGCUUUCCAGGAGAAAGGGGACUAUCUGACGCUGUUUUUCCUCUUUGAUUUCCCCUCUCCAUAAGGAGAACAUGGAAGAUUAAUGAAAUGGGCACAUGGAAACUGAGACUCUUCUGUCAUUUUUAGAAUGUAUAUGACUUCUAAUCUGAGGCAAAAACUGCAUAACAGGGCAAGUUCCAGAUGCCAGUUCUUCAGCGCAGACUAGACUACCAAAUGGAAAAAUGGAACCAAAGAACAGUAACUGUGAUAUUUAGUUUUGGAAUGAACCCUUUAAGGUGUAAGAUCACUAAUAUGUGAUUGGAAUGUUUUUAACUAAACAUUCUAAUGCUGAUGUAACAGUCACUACUGGCAAUUGAAAGCAACGGAGUUCUAGAACACUGGACUGAACCAAAAAAACACUCUUCAAAGGGCAAACUGGUGUGUUGAGAAUUGAAAGGCUUUUUUCUGAGAUGGUAUUCUGAUGGGGAAGGGGAGGGGAAUGAUUACUUCCGUUCCCCUUGCAUUCUGACUGAAUUGUUUGUUUUCUGUAAUUCAGUCUGGUAAUUCUGAUCAUUGUUGCCAGGGUUGCUUUCAGAAAGGCAUUUACACAACGUUGUGAAACAACAUAAUUGUAAAAAUGGUCCAUCUGUUCUGUGACCUUGAGAGAAUAAGGAAACUGAUUCAAGGGGACCGCACUUCUCCAAUGUCAAGGUGAUGGUCCAUGUUGUGGCCCACUGUUAGUGUCCACUGGCAAAACCUUCUGGACUGCUGUGUAUUUGAUCUGUUUUUUUACAGUUAUGGCACAUUAUACCUGAAGUUCUGUAAAACUUCACAUUGGAAUUGUAAUCAAGUUGCAAUAAUUUUGGCACAAACCUGUUAAGUGUAAUUUCAGGGCUGCGGAUGUCCUAGUCCUCUUUGUGUUUUUAAGUUUAAUGCAUUAUCAGGCUGUUUUUUAAAAUCUGUUUUUUAUUUUGUAUUUUAUUUUUGAGUAAAAAGACUUCAGAGCCAUCACUCCACUCGAGUACUCAAUCCAUAAUGUUUGGGACAAAGACCCACAGUUUAUUUAUUUGCCUCUGCACUCCACAAUUUGAGUUUCAAUUUAAACAUCACAUGUGGUUAAAGUGCACAUUGUCAGAUUUUUAUGAAGGGCAUUUUUAUACAUCAUCAGAGUGUGGAUAUCUUAUUUUCAAGUUGUCCUACAAGUGAUACUAAAACCCUUUGCAUUUGAAUGGAGCUCUAUGGGAAUUGGGGGGUGGGACUAGAUUCAGCUGUCAAUUAUGCUGAUCCAGUAUGCAAUAGAUUUGUUGCCUAAAUAACUUAAAGUUUCGAGGUGUCAAACCACCUGCUGCCAGAUAUCCAGUAGAUAUGAAAAUAAUAGUUUCUGCUGAAUAUUUUUUGGAAACAAUUAUUCUCUAUUUGUACUUGAACAACUUGUCUUUUCUUACAAAUCUCAAUUUACAAAUAGCGGAGUACAGAUGAAUGAUGGGUCUUUGUCCCAAACAUUAUGGAGGGCACUGUAUGUCUCUUUUGUGAACCUAAGCAAAUGGUGCUCUCUAGAAUUGUUUAAGUUUCACUGAACUGUCUUUUCCUCCUGCUUUUGUGAAAGCAUUAACCCAGAACUGCUGUGCGAUCAACAUUCAUAUCUCAGUAUCUAUAUUAUCCAAAUCUAACACAUAUUUGCAUAAUGUGUAAAUAGAGACUGGUGUGGACACUGAAA